AUGUCUAGGGUGAAUGGAUACCGCCGAAGCCUUCCUGUCUGCUUGAACCGCAAGGUCUACAUCUCCAUCAGCGGUUUGAAUGUGCUGAUCGAGACUGACCACUGCUUCUCACUCAUGUAUGACGGGAAUCACCGUGUGGAGAUCAAAGUUCCCGCCUCCUACAAAGGAAAGCUUAGCGGAAUGUGCGGAAACUACAACGGCCAGCCGAAUGACGACAACCUGAUGCCGGGAGGACAGGUCGCCUCCACCUCCCUUCUGUACGGCAACAGUUGGAUCGCUCUUGAUGACAACACCUGCCCGGACACAAGACCGCAGGACAAUUUUGACUCCAACGAUAUCAGCCCGAGUGAUUGGCAGUGGUACUCGCAUCCGAGCAAGUGUGGACUCCUCAGAGCUACAAACGGACCGUUUCGCACUUGUCACUCCAUUGUGAAUCCAUCGGAGUUCGUGAAGACGUGCGUGUUCGACAUGGCGGCGUACCGGGGCGACCAGCUGGUGCUGUGUCAGAACUUACAGGCGUACGCUGACGCAUGCGUGUCAGCGGGAGGGAAACCACAGCAGUGGAGGAGAAGGGGAUUCUGUGAGGUGCCGUGUCCACCUCACAGCCACUACUCCCAGUGUGCCACUCCCUGCCCCCGAACAUGCGCAGACUCCGGCCCGAGGCCCUGUACGAGAAACUGCGUGGAGUCGUGUGUCUGUGAUAACGGUUAUGUGCUCAGUGGUGCCCACUGCGUGCCUUUAAGCAGCUGUGGGUGCUCUAAGGACGGGAGCCUUUAUGAGAAAAACGAAGUCUGGAUAUCAGGAAACGAGAUAUGUACAUGUCUGCCAACCAGACGUAUACAAUGUGAACCUCAAACUGGUGGUGAAGUCCCGGUGGAAAUCUGUGGAACGGGCUGGAACACGGUAGUAGGGUCUUUGUCGUUCGUGUCCAUCGGAUUCUGCGGCGUUUGGGGCGUGGACUCCGCCGGAGUGGUCUACUACCGAGUGGGCACGUACGGUAACGAGGGAGCUGCAGGGACGGGGUGGCUGACAGUAACCGGUGUCAGGCUUGUACAGAUCAGUUCCGGCCAGGGCAUCGUGUGGGGAGUCACAGCAAGAUACAGGGUCUAUGUGCGAAUCGGCAUCACGGCCCAGCGUCCACAGGGCACGGGUUGGACACAGAUCGGCGGAGGUCUGAUGUCAAUCUGCGUGUCAGGAUACUACGUCUGGGGAGCUACAACCACCGGUACAGUCUACUAUAGGACUGGGGUAACUGCAGCAAGGCAAUCGGGUACGGGGUGGGCGCUGGUGAGAGGACCGCCUAUACGUGGUCUAUCGUACGUAUCAAUCGGACACUGCGGCGUGUGGGCAGUGACCACUACCGGUGCGAUCUGGUACCGCAUCGGCACGUACGGAGGCACAGGUUCGGUUGGAACACAGUGGGUCCAAGUCACGGGCUGCUCCCUGGUCAGCAUCAGCGUGGGGUACAACGUGGUGUGGGGAGUUAGCGCCAUCGGACAAGUCUUCAUCAGAAUCGGAAUAACGGCCCAAAGGCCCCAGGGGACAGCCUGGAGACUGGUUGGUGGAAGCCUGGCUCAAAUCUACGUGAGCGCGACUUCUAACCGCGUGUGGGGCUGCGAUGGGGGCCACCACAUCUACAUCCGCGUGGGUAUCACGGGAGGACAAACAACGGGACCACCUGUGAACCCGCUGUGUCUGGGUAACCUGAAAUGUCCAAGCAGACCGGGUCAGUGCAAGGCGUAUGGUGAUCCUCACUACAUCACCUUCGACAACCGUCGUCACGACUUCCAAGGAACGUGCAAGUACGUCCUGGUGCGUCACGCCGACUUCACGGUGGAGGCACGGAACGUUCACCGCAGCGGGAAGAGCCAGCGGGUGGCCUUCUGUGAUCACGUGGAAGUGAACGUGCACAACUACGAGAUACAGCUCCGAAGUGGAUCUGACAAGGAAGUGUUGGUGAAUGGCUACCGCCGCAGCCUACCAGUGUGCCUGAGCCGUAAGGUUGCCAUCUCCAUCAUCGGGAAGAACGUGCAGAUUCAGACGGACCAGUGCCUGUCUGUCCUGUACGACGGAAGACACAGUGUAAUAGUGAGACUCCCCACGUCGUACAAGGGCAAGGUUAGCGGAAUGUGCGGAAACUACAACGGCCGACCAAACGACGACAACCUCAUGCCGGGAGGACAGGUCGCCUCCACCUCCCUUCUGUACGGCAACAGUUGGAUCGCUCCUGAUGACGACACUUGUCCCGAUACAAGACCUCAAGACAACUUUUGUGCUACAGACAUUACUGGUGGAGACAGGCAACUUUACCAGGGCCCAGAUAAGUGCGGUCUUCUGCGCCUACAAAAUGGUCCAUUCCGGACCUGCAUCUCAGUGCUUAACCCAGCGACGUAUUUUGAGUCGUGUGUGUUCGACAUGGCGGCUUACAGAGGAGACGAGGACAUGUUGUGUGAGAAUCUGGAGGCCUACAGCGACGACUGUCGGGCAGCGGGAGGAAACCCGGGAGGGUGGAGGACCGCAAACCGGUGUCCAUUGCCGUGCCCUCCCCACAGUCAGUACAACUUUUGUGGCUCUGCCUGUCCGUUGACGUGUGCUGAGCCCAACCCGAGACCCUGUAACAGGAUGUGCGUGGAGUCGUGUGUGUGUGACCAGGGGUACGUCCUCAGUGGUUCCACCUGCAUCCCGCGAAGCAGUUGUGGAUGCUCUAGCAAUGGAAACUAUUACCAGAAAAAUGAAAUGUGGAGGUCCGGAAACCAAAUCUGUACAUGUACCAACAGGAUCGUCUGUGAAGAUGAGCCAACCGGAGCAAUACCUACUGCAAUAACAGGUUCGGGAUGGGACACUUGUCCGGGGUCCCUUUCCUUUGUGACCAUCGGCUUGAGCGGAGUAUGGGGCGUGAACUCCAGAGGCGUCGUCUUCUACCGAGUCGGAACGUACGGGAAGGAAGGCCACUUCGGAACGGAGUGGAAGCAGGUAGACGGAAACCUUGUGCAGAUCAGUUCCGGCAAUGGCAUUGUGUGGGGAGUUGACAGACGAAACCAGGUCUACGUGCGAACCGGUAUGACAGUGAUGAUAGCGUAUCGCACAACUUGGAAUAUGGUCUCGGGACGGCCUCUGAAGUCAGUGUGCGUCAGUUCCUCAAGCAACUUUGUCUGGGGCGUCUGCCCUUGUGGUACCAUCUGGAGACGGACAGGGAUAACCGCCAGAAACCCCAUUGGUACGGGGUGGGCGCAGGUGAGCGGACCGGUCAUACGUGGUCUAUCGUACGUAUCAAUCGGACACUGCGGCGCGUGGGCAGUGACAUCUACCGGUGCGAUCUGGUACCGCAUCGGCACGUACGGAGGCACAGAUUCGGCUGGAACACGCUGGGUCCAAGUCACGGGCUCCUUGGUCAGCAUCAGCGUGGGGUACAACGUGGUGUGGGGAGUGAGCGCCAUUGGACAAGUCUUCAUCAGAAUCGGAAUAACGGCCCAAACACCACAGGGAACCGCCUGGCGAUUGGUCGGGGGAAGCCUCACUCAGAUCUACGUUAGUUCCUCGUCCAAUCGCGUGUGGGGAUGUGGUCUGAGUCAUCACAUCUAUCUCCGUGUAGGAAUUACAUGGAGCAAAGAACCUGUGGAUAUUCCCCCGCCCACCUGUCACUCCAAGGCGGACAUCCAUGUCCUAGUGGACGGAUCUAAGAGUGUGAAGACGCGUAACUUCCCCGCAGUACGGCAGUUCAUCCUCAAACUGGCGGCAGGGUUCGAGAUAGGCCCCAACAAGGCUAGAAUCGGCGUGUACCAGUUCGCUAAGGACAUGCAAACGGAGUUCAAGAUGAACCAGUACAACAAUAGAGAGGCCUUGCUGGAUGCCAUCAAGAAGAUUGAAUACAUGAAUGAAUUUCACACCAAAACCGGACAGUCCCUAGAGGCUGUUUACGACGAGUUCACCCAAGCUAAUGGUGCCCGGGAUGGUGUGGAAAAGAUCAUCAUCUUAGUAACAGACGGGAAGGCCACCGACCAAGUGAGAGAGCCUGCGCAGUACGUGAAAAACAAGGGUGCGCACGUGUUCACUGUGGGCGUAGCCAAGUACAAAAUGUCUGAACUUAAGCUCAUUGCGUCGAAUGACGACUACGUGGCUACUGCUGACGAUUUUGACGACUUGGACCAGAUCAGAGACAAAGUGCUGGAAGUCGUCUGUGAUGCUGACAAGGGCAAACGUAACAUUGGAGCCGAGGUCGAGAAUGGCCUGCAGUACCUGAAGGGAACAGCAGAGGCGCUGAUGGACGACCUGGAGGGACGUAAGAACCUGGGCCUAGAAACACCACAGACAGAAACUGGAGAGGAUGCUGCUAUGCAGCUAAGAGAGAUGUUAGAUUCCAUAUCCGAGCUGACGACUGACGCCAUCGAGGCGGAUGAAGAAUCUACUAAGAAAGUGUCGCUCGUCCUCAACGAGAUCGACCGACAACUGCAGGACAUCCGGGACCUGACGGACAUCCGGGACUCCUCCGUCAUCCGGGAACCCUCCAACAUCCGGGACAUUCCAGAGCCUGAUGGGUACGAGGAAUCGAGGGACCUUCACGACCCUCAGCCUGACGAGAUGGAGGAAAUCCGGAACGUUCUAGAGGCAGAUCUAGACAUGCUGGAGGAAAUCCGGAACCUUCAAGUUGACGGACCAGAGAAAGACGGAAUGGAGGAGGACGAGGCCGAGAGUCUUCAAUCUGACGGACUGGAAGAAGACGAGGGCCUGGAAAAUGACGGACUGGAGGAAGACGAGGGCCUGGAACAUGACGGACGGGAGAAAGACAAAGGCCUUGACUUUGACGGAAUGGAUGAAGACGAGGCCCUUGAACCUGCCAGGCUGGAGGAAGGCCUGGGCCUUAAACAUGGCGGACUGGAGGAAGACAAGGACAUUGAAGACGGACUGGAGGAAGACGAGGGCCUUGAGGAAAUCGAGGGCCUUGAACCUGCCGGGAUGGAGGAAGACCAGGACCCUCAACCUGAUGGACUUGGGGAAGACGAGGGCCCUGAACUUGGCGGACUGGAGGAAAAUGAGGGCCUUCCCCAACCUGACGAUCUGAAGGAAGUGCUAAGGGAGAUAGAGGACAUCAUCGGCGGAUGAUUGACACCUGACAUCCAUUUCAAACAUCGUCUUUACCGAGUGCAUUCGUAGUCAUGCUGCUUUCUGUUUUAGUUUAGAGAUCAGUAUAUAGCAUUAUAAGUAGCAAAGUUAGUUCUAUGUUAUAGAAUAUAUGCAUUGAUAUCAGUUCUCAAGCAGAAAUAGGCUAUAUCUAUGGUGUUCAUGCUAAUUUUAGAUACGAUUGGAUGUUAUGGGAACCCCCAGAUUCUUUGACUGCUUCCAACAAUAAUGCCAAGAUUCAGACAAACACAUAUUAGCGUGAAACUUCAUCUGUGUUGGUAAAUGGCAUGAAAAAAAAGUUUACGACUACUGAAAUAAUUUUACAGAGACGGGGGGUGACACAGGUUAUCUAUCACCUACGACCCGUCGCUGCAGUCACGUGUCUCCAACGUCACGUUCUGCAAGCUGCAGUAGACGGGUCAAUGUAAACGUAAGCAAGGCUGACAAAGUCGGCCGAAAUUUUGGUUACCAGUAAUUCCCAAAUAUCUAAGUGCUGGUUUAGUUUUUCAACUUUCUUAAUAAAAGAAAAGAUAUUAGGGAAACAUUUCUAAGCAUACAAUUUCUCACUUUGCUAUUAGUCCUUGGCCAAUUACAUGCGAUAAACGACUUCAGAUAUUCUGAUAGAUUGGUUUCAUUUGGUGUAAUAGAAUAACAUAGAUGUGCAAUGUAUUGAUAUGACAUGUAUGUAAUACAUACAGAGGUGGUAGAUUAUAAGAAUGUUAUGUUUGCAAUCGGCAGCUACCUUUUCUUACUGUCUUUUUUGUACCAGUAGUGCACUGCAGAGUAUAGAAAUAUGGAGUCAUUAUAAUAUAAGCCUGAACGUCUAGCACGGAAACGCACCAAUUCUGCAUAAUAUGUCUAAGCCAUAUAGAAUGCAUGUACAAUGGAAGCCAGUUAAUUGCAUGUCGGAUAAACGCACACUUCGAUCAACUGCACGGAAUGCUCAAAUCCCGUGGUGGUGCGGUCCAACUGGGUAACUUCGCAUUAUCGCACACGCCGGAUAAUUGCACGGAUUUUGCCUUCAAAUUGGGUAUGCAAUUAAGCGGCUUCCGUUGUAUUGUACUGACUGUGAUCAGAAACAUAUUGUUAAUUUGGAAUUAUCUUGUAAGAAUCAUACAGUGAACAGGUCUAAGUCUAAUCCAGGCAGUAGUGGGUGUUUAUAGCAAAUGACUAAACAUUGCAAUAGAAAGCAAAAUAAAAAUGGUAAUGGUA